AUGCCCCCCAGGCGUUUAUUACAAAAUGUCAUGGCUCUGACUAGGACAACAUCGCUAAUAGCAUUUAGCAGACGUGAUUAUAGAAAACUCUAUGUGGAUUGGAACGAACAAAAAAAUGGCAGCAAUACAAACAGUGCCAAAGAAAAAUAUCCAAAUGUAAAUAACAACAAAAAGAAAAAAAAGAAAAAAGGAAAAGCUAAAAAAUCAAAGAAAAAUAAAGAAAAAGACGAGAAAGGUGGCAGUGCCGACAAAUGUCCUCUUAUAAUUCAUCCAGGUGGGUGCUGUAAGGGUUACUGCUGCGUUCCUCAGUUCUUAGUUCUCAACAAACUCAUCGACUGCUUGAUGGAGAAAGCAAAUGAUUGCGGUACCUGUUGCUGCAACGGUUGCUAUUGCAAAUGA